UACUUCUUCUUCUGCGUUUGUGUUUGUCAAAACAAAAUUAAAAAUUAAAAUUAAUUAGGCUCUAGUUUUGAUCAUUUAAGAGAUUUCCCGAAUUAAAAACACGCAUGUGAUUAAAUGUACCGCGCGCUACAACAUAUAGGUCCUUGUGCUCCAGUAAAAUCGCUGCUAGCGUCUCGAAUUCAAUCGCAAAGUUGAGCGUCUGGAAAGAAAAAAAAUUGAAAUGUUUACCUUAAGUCCCUCGAAAGUGGAAAAGCGCAAUUAAACAAUUGGAAAGGCAGUCGCAAGUAUCCAGUAUGCUGCAAUAUAAGAAUGCCACGGCUGCCAAUAGUGCGCCAGCAGCCACGCCCGCUACCAGCGUUUCCGGGAAGGCGCCACAAGGGAAUGGAAACACAAUCGCUGCUGCUGCAGCGGCAGCGACAGCCCCCGCCAUGCAACAGAUCAUCAAUAUCCACCAGAUGCCCGCACAGUUCGGGGGAGGUACCGUCUCCGGCGGCCAGCCCCAAGGCCUGCCCCAGAACAUGUUCCAGAUUGUCCAGCCGAUGCCCGCUAUGCAGACGGUAAAUAUCGAUGGCCAGGAGGCGAUCUUCAUACCCAACCUGAACGCACAACUGGCGACGGCCCAGGCCGUGAAUAUCAACGGGCAGCAGGCGUUCAUUACGCCCAAUGGCCAAAUCCUGCGUGCUCCGCAGUCGCACACCGGUCAGGCCGGUGGACAAGCCAUUCAGCUGCAACAGGCAACGCCCGCACAGAUUAUCAAUGGCCUGGGGCAAGAGCAGACGCAGCUGUUCACCAUUCCUGGCACAAGCAUUCAGAUACCAGUGACCAAUCUCAUCCAGCAGCAGCAGCAUCAGGGCGCAGUCCACGUGCAGCAGCAGCAGCAAACCCAGCAGGGAGCAACGGGUGGCGGUCAGGCUGGAGGCUCCCAGGGUGGAGCAGGCGGCGCAGGCACGGGUAAUGGCGGACUACAGGCCACACAGCUGCCGAGCACCAUCACCAUACCAGGAACGAAUAUUCAGAUACCAACGUCGGUGGCCGCGGCCAAUGGGCUGCUGGGUAACCUCACGAAUCUGUUGGGUGGAGGCGGAGGUUCGUCCACUCUCAAGCUGGAGAAUGGGCAGCUGCAGCUCCGGCCACAGCUGGUGCAGUUCCCGCAGCCCGUGCAACAGCAGACGGUGGCCGUGCAGAUACCCGUGCAGACGGCCGGGGGACAGACCGUCUACCAGACGGUCCAUGUGCCCGUGCAGGCAGCAUCCAAUCUGAUGCAGGCGCAGUCAAUGGCCAUGCCCGCUGCAGCGGCUGCCUCACAGAUGCACCAGAUGAUGCCUCAGUUUGCGCAAAUCGCGCAAAUUGUCACGCCCAAUGGACAGAUACAGCAGGUGCAGCUGGCGCCGAUGCCGUACAGCCAGCUGCCGACGAAUGCGAACAUAAUACAUAUCCAGAAUCCCCACCAGCAACAGCAGCAGCAGGUGCAGGUGCAGCAACAGUUGCAACAGCAACAGGUGCAGCAGCAGCAGCAGCAACAACAGUUGCAACAGCAACAGGUACAGCAGCAGCACCAGCAGCUCCUGCAGGCCAUUCAGGAGGCCUCCGCGAGUGGCCAGAUACCCGCCAAUCAGCCCAUCACCAUAACGAAUGCCCAGGGGCAGCAGCUGACGGUGAUACCCGCCCAACUGAGGCAAAAUCCACAACCCACAGCAACGCCAGCGCCGCAAGCAGCCACUGCCAUGCAUCUGCCCGCCGGACUACAGGCUCUGCCCAUACAGAACAUCCCAGGAUUGGGGCAGGUGCAGAUCAUUCAGGCGAAUCAGUUGCCCGCCAAUCUGCCGGCCAAUUUCCAGCAAGUGCUGCAUCAACUGCCACAGAUGACACAAGUGCAGGCGCAGGUGCAGGCGCAGGCACAAACGACCAAUGCAACAUCAUCAACGUCAUCUUCAUCCAUUACGGUGAUGCCCAAACAGGAGCCACAGAGUCCCACGCAGAUGAUUACGAACAUCAAGCAGGAGCCACCGGAUACAUUUGUCGCUGCUGCUUCAACGGCUAAUCCUCCGCCAACGUCCCAGCCGCAACCACAGCAGCAGACACAGACGCAGCCUCAGCCGCAGACACAGCAAAUUAAGUUCAUUGUGCCGCAGGCGCCGCCAGCCACGCAAACGGAGGGUGCCACUCAGAAUGCUCAUUCGAAUACGAAUCCUUUGUCCAAUGUAACAAUCCCAGCGUCCAUACAAAUUACAGCAUUGCCGCAGACACAGCCGCAGCCACAGCCACAAGCAUCCAAUGCUGCCACAUCCUUGCCACCGCCACGAACGCCGCCAGUUUCGAUUGCCACCAUUGCCAGGAGUGGCAGUGGCCCCAUAAAGGCCACCACACUCGUAAACACCUCCAGCGCACAGAUAACAAUUGCACCCACGAGCGGGCAGCAUGUGGUGCGAACGACAACAGCGGGCAGCGGCAACAGGAGCAACAACAAAAGCAGCAGCAGUAGCGUCACCACAACGCCAGCGGCCGAAACGAGUGUGAGCAUGGAUACCAGUGGUGCGGGUCCUGGAGCGGCUGCCGAUGUUAAGCCUAGACUCAAGCGUGUGGCCUGCACGUGCCCCAAUUGUACCGAUGGCGAGAAGCAUUCGGAUAAGAAGCGCCAGCACAUCUGCCACAUACCCGGCUGCCAAAAGGUCUACGGCAAGACCUCUCAUCUGCGCGCUCAUCUCCGUUGGCACACGGGCGAGCGGCCAUUUGUCUGUUCGUGGGUCUUUUGCGGAAAGCGAUUCACGCGCUCCGAUGAACUGCAGCGACAUCGACGCACACACACGGGCGAGAAGCGUUUUCAGUGUCGCGAAUGCGGCAAGAAAUUCAUGCGCAGCGAUCAUUUGUCGAAGCACAUCAAGACGCACUACAAGAGCCGCUCCGGUGUGGAGCUGACGGAGCUGAGCAUCAAGCAGGAGCAGAAGAACAGCAGCGUAAAGAGCAUCAGCACGAUGAGUGGCAUUGUGACGAUCGAUAUACCUGGCUGCGGGGGACAAGUGAUGGGCGGUGGUGCCUCCAGUGUGGCGGCAACGGUUGCGGGCUCAACUGUUACAUCAGCACCGGGCGGGGCCACAAUUGUUCAGCUGCCCGCUGCAGUUGUCGGUAUGGGCAGCUAUGCCGAUGACGAGGACGAGGAGGAGAUGACAGAAGAGGAUGACGAGGAGGACGAUGACGAAGAGUUGGAGCUGGAUGAAGAAAUGGAUGAUGAGGAAGACGAGGAAGAGGAGGAGCAGGACCCGGAAGCGGACGCAGACCAAGAAAGUGGCGAGGAUGAGGAGAAGGUAAUGACCAUUUCGGUAAGCGAAAUGGGAGAGACAUUGUCCAACUAGCAUUCGGAGUCGCUGUUCAUGGAACAGUUCAUGUUUGAUCAUUUCCCAUAGCACUGGCAGGAGCCGCAAAUCCUUCUCCUUUAGGAGCGAGGACUCAUUUGUAAAUAAUGUUAAUAAUAUUCCUAAGCAUUUCAAAUGUUACCUUUAUGUUUUGUGUAAACUUGUACAUAGACAAAAAUCAAUCGAGGUGAUCGGGAGCCGCAGGAGGAUCGAGAGAGUAUAUCGACACAAUUGUAUUGUUAGUUAAGGUUUUUUAAUAUUUGUACUCAAAUUAAUUAACUAGAAAGUAGAUUUUAAUCGAUGUGUUUUUUAAUGCAGUUUUUAUACAACCCACACCACACACACAGAGCAACAACAAAUAUAUUCUAUAACAUCCAAA